AUGGAUUCUCUACCAGAAGAAUUUUUUGUGAGGGAUCUUCCUCUGGAAGAGCAGGCUACAGAGGAAACCAAGAAAAAGGUAGAAAAAUCAACUGAUCAACUGGACAAACAGGAAAAGGACACACCUACUGACCUUGUCCCUGUUAACCUACUAUUAGAAGUGAAGAAAUUGUUGAAUGCAAUUAACACUCUACCAAAAGGUGUGGUUCCUCACAUCAAGAAGUUCUUACAAGAAGAUUUUUCUUUCCAAACUAUGCAGAGAGAAGUUGCAGCCAGUAAGCAGAUCGGGGAGGAAGUUGUGCCUGCUUUGACCUUACGCCUCUUAAUAGCACGGCUCGGAGCAGCGCUUAGGGACGUCCACGCUACUAAUUACACUGCACAUCAGAUUAAUAUUGGUUAUUACCUGACAUUACUAUUUUUGUAUGGAGUAGCCCUCACUGAAAGAGGAAAGAAAGAGGAUUAUAUAGAAGCUGAGAAUAAAUUUCUAGUGAUGAAGAUGGUGAUCCAAGAAAAUGAAAUUUGUGAAAACUUUAUGUCAUUAGUUUAUUUUGGCCGUGGUUUGCUUCGAUGUGCUCAGAAGAGAUAUAAUGGAGGACUGCUGGAGUUUCACAAAAGCUUACAGGAAAUAGGAGAUACAGAUGAUCAUUGGUUUGAUAUAGAUCCUACAGAAGAUGAAGAUUUACCUACAACUUUUAAAGACCUUCUUAAUAAUUUCAUCAAGACAACUGAGAGUAAUAUAAUGAAGCAGACCAUUUGCAGUUAUCUUGAUUGUGAGCGAUCUUGUGAAGCCGACAUUUUAAGGAACACCAACUAUAAGGGAUUUUUUCAGUUAAUGUGCAGUAAGAGCUGCUGUGUUUACUUCCAUAAAAUUUGUUGGAAAAAGUUCAAGAAUUUAAAAUAUCCAGGUGAAAAUGAUCAGAGUUUUAGUGGAAAAAAAUGUUUAAAGGAAGGAUGUACGGGUGACAUGGUAAGGAUGCUACAAUGUGAGGUACCUGGAAUUGUCAAAAUUUUGUUUGAAGUUGUGAGAAAGGAUGAAUAUAUAACCAUUGAAAAUUUAGGAGCAAGCUAUAAAAAGUUGAUGUCUCUGAAAAUAACUGAUACUGAUAAAAGACCGAAGAUCAGUUUAAAAUUUGGUACAAAAGAUGAAAUGCCUAUCUUCAAACUUGAUUAUAAUUAUUUCUAUCAUCUGCUUCAUAUAAUUAUUGUUUCUGGUACUGACAUUGUUCGGCAAAUAUUUGAUGAGGCUCUGCCACCCCCUCUUUUGAGAAAAGAGCUUCUUAUACACAAGAAUGUACUGGAACCCUACUACAACCAUCUUUGGACCAAUCACCCUUUGGGUGGAGCAUGGCAUCUGCUUUAUCCCCCAAACAAGGAGCUACCACAGUCCAGACAGUUUGACUUAUACCUCCUAUUAGCUCUCAUAAAACAUUUGAAUGUGUUCCCUGCACCCAAAAAAGGCUGGAAUAUGGAACCACCACCUUCUGAUCUCUCUAAGUCUGCAGACAUCCUGAGGCUGUGCAAAUACAGGGAUAUCCUUCUUAGUGAGAUUUUGAUGAAUGGUCUCACCGAGUCACAAUUCAAUUCAAUUUGGAAAAAAGUUUCAGAUAUUCUUCUGCGCCUUGGGAUGAAGAAAGAAGACAUUGACAAAGUGAAGGAGAACCCCAUUGAGAAUAUCUCCCUUGAUUACCAUCAACUGUCCGUCUACCUAGGCAUACCAGUACCAGAAAUCAUCCAGAGGAUGUUAUCCUGCUAUCAACAAGGAAUUGCUCUACGGUCGAUCACAGGCAGUCAGCGUAUUGAAGAAGAAGAGUUACAAAAUGAAGAAGAAGAACUCAGUCCACCUCUUAUGGAGUACAAUAUAAAUGUGAAAUCAAUCCCUGAAAUACAGUUAGCAGAAAUGAAUAAAGAUGGGGCAUCGAUACCCAGUGAAUCUUCGACAGAAUCUAUUAAAGAUCUCCAGGAAGUUAAGAGUAAACCAAAGAAAAAGAAAAAGACCAAGAAUAAAAAGAAUAAGGAAUCAAAAGAAGAGCAAGUCCCAAGUAUGAUAGCAAAGGAAGAGCAGCUGAAGAAAGAACAAGCAAAUCUGUAUGCAAUCAGUAGAUUUAUGAAAGAUGAUGCAAGCAAUAUUCACAAAGAUUCUACGACUGAAGACAAGUCCUAUAGUCUGGAUGAAUUGCAUAUUCUGGACAUGAUAGAGCAGGGCUCAACCAACAAGGUCACUGCAGAGCAUGGAGGAACCGAGGAGGAGCUUGCUCGGCGACGGCAGCGGCUUUGUGAACUGCACUGCCAGUGUGAAGAUUUCAAAAGACAACUAAAAACAGUGACUUUGUGGUGGCAAGAAAACCAAAUGCAGAUUAAAAAGAAAGAUAAAAUCAUCGAAUCUCUUAACCAACAGGUGGCUUUUGGAAUCAGUAAGAUGUCCAAAUUACAGCGUCAGAGCCAUGCUAAAGAUAAUGAAAUCAAGAACCUUAAAGAGCAACUUUCUAUGAAAAGAUCUCAGUGGGAAGUGGAGAAGCAUAAUCUGGAAAGCACGAUUAAAACAUACUUAAACAAACUGAAUGCAGAAACUAGCAGGGCUUUAACAGCUGAGGUAUAUUUCCUACAGUGUCGUAGAGAUUUUGGUUUGCUGCACCUAGAGCAGACUGAAAAGGAAUGUCUCAGCCAGCUCGCCAGGGCGACUCACAGGGCAGCAAGCAACCUAAAAUCACUUCAGUUAAAGGCUGCUGUAGACAGUUGGAAUGCCAUUGUGACAGAUGUUAGAAACAAGAUUGCAUUCCUCAGGACACAAUACAAUGAACAAAUUAGCAAGGUGAAGCAAGGGUUUGCCUUGAGUACAUUGCCUCCAAUCCAGCUUCCUCCACCACCUCCCAGUCCUGAGAUACUGAUGCAGCAGUUCUUGGGAAGACCCAUUGUGAAAGAAUCUUUCUUUAGACCCAUACUCACUGUUCCUCAAAUGCCUGCCGUUUGUUCUGGAAUCGUCUCUGCAUCUGGUCAAUCUAGAUCUCCCUUGAUGACUCGCAUAGCCUGGACACUGCCAGCUCCUGUGGCAGAAGCUGUGCCCCCCAGUGCAAGUCUAGGAUGUGACCCCCUCGUGAUGGAUUGGGAGAAGGUUACAGAGAGGCUGAAAACCGCCUUUCCACAGCAGACCAGAAAGGAGCUUACAGAUUUUGUACGGAAAUUGAAGGAUACUCAUGGGAAGUCCUUAUGUGGACUGACAUUUGAUGAAAUUGUUCACAAGAUUUCCCAAUUUAUUGACCCCAAGAGAUCUCAGAGUCAGGAAAAAUCAGCACCAAAUGGUAAUCGUGUUCCACCUAGCCAUACUGCACCAGAGGCUAAUGCUGCCCAGCCCUCGAAACCAGCCCCAAGGUCCCUUGGUUCGCAGGGCUCUGUGACACAGGGAGGAGCCAAUCGCUUGGAUGAUGAGGAAGAAGAGCCUUGCGUGAUCUGUCAUGAGACUCUCUCUCCAGAUAACCUCUCAGUUUUGCCUUGUGCACAUAAAUUCCAUGCUCAGUGCAUUAGACCUUGGUUGAUGCAACAGGGGACAUGCCCAACCUGCAGACUCCACGUUUUGCUACCAGGAGAAUUUCCAGGUCACCCCAGCCGGCACUUGCCCAAGAUCUGA